AUGGAUGCUUUUGAAGGGAUUCACAGAGUCCACAUUUCCUCAUCUCCACCCUCUUCAGCCCCAUCGAACCCGGGGUAUGAAGUGGUAAAAGCAGGGAGGUCUGGAAUCGCAGUCUACUCGUCCGCCGUCUUCUUUGGGACCCCCGAUGUGCCGGCAGUCAGACAAAGGUCGAGCAGAGUUACCGAAGAGGAGCGCUGUGCCGUUGGACAGUUGGUAGACCUGGAUCCAGAGCCGGAGCCCAGAGUGGGGGGAGGGGGCCAGGUUGGGCCCACCUCCGGCAAACCCCAUGGCGAGCUGUGCCGACUUCGCAGCUCCUCGCUGGAGAUCCGAGAAAAAGAAAUAAGAGAAAAAGGAUCGGAGAUCCUCAGAGAACAGCUGGACGCUGCAAAGAAGGAACUGAAACUAAAGGACAAGGAGUGCGAGCGUCUGUCACAAGUCAGAAAUCAGCUGGAGCAAGAGCUGGAGGAGCUGACCGCCAGUCUGUUUGAGGAAGCUCAUAAGAUGGUGCGAGAAGCCAACGUGAAGCAAGCGGCAGCAGAGAAACAGCUGAAGGAGGCUCAGGGGAAGAUUGACGUGCUACAAGCAGAGGUGAUGGCGCUCAAGACGCUGGUCCUGACCUCCACGCCCUCCUCGCCCAACCGCCAGCUGCACCCACAGCUGCAGUCGCCGGGCACCCGAGGCUCCUACAAACAGCUCGGCCACAUUCGGAACAAGAGCGCCAGUGGCGCCUUUGCAGCCACGUCCACAAAGCCGGAACCUUUAUCUGUCCCCAUCCAGGACGUGGCUAAAGAGGACCGAGAGCCUGCUGUUCCUGCCCUUCUCUCUCUGAUUUUCUGCCUCCUGCCUGGCCAGCCUGUCGGUUUGAACUCUGACCCCAAUUUGCAGGAGGAGGGCGUGGGCUGUGACACUGGCAGCACACAGAUGGACUCGAUUCUGUUUGCAGAGUUUCUGAUGUGGAAGGAACACCCUAGUCUGGACAGAUCUUGUGCUUUUCUAAGCCGCAUUUACAGAGAAGACGUCGGGCCCUGCUUGUCCUUCACCAGAUCCGAGCUGUCCCAGCUGGUCCAGAGUGCAGUGGAGAGGAACUCUCUGACCAUCGAACCCGUGGCCAUGUCCGCGCUUCCCAUGGUCAAGGCUUCAGCCAUAGAGUGUGGAGGUCCUAAUGGUUUUAGAGCUGCAGUAGAGACAAAAUGUGCAUUAAGCGGCCUUUCACGGCUCUGCAGACAUCGCAUCAAACUGGGUGACAAGGGGAGCUACUAUUACAUUUCACCCUCAAGCCGAGCGCGGAUCACAGCAGUGUGCAAUUUCUUUACUUAUAUCCGCUACAUCCAGCAGGGCCUGGUGAGACACGAUGCGGAGCAGAUGUUUUGGGAAGUGAUGCGUCUUCGCAGAGAGAUGAACGUGGCCAAGUUAGGUUUCUACUUGACAGAGCAGAGCUAGAGGACCCUGACAGAGGCACAACAGGACAGCACCAUCACAGGACUGUAAUUACUCUGACACACGUCUGGGGAAGCUGUGGUGCCACGCAAGUCCUAGAUCAUUAAAUCAGUUCUAG